GACUGAUAAAAGUUUUGAGCAGAGUCGACGUCGUGAUUGAUAGAAAAUUGUUUUUUUUACUUAAAUAAUAUUAUAUUAAAAUUUCUGCGAUUAAUUCAUAAAUAUAUAUAUUUGUUACAACGUUACACUCCAAAGUAACCUCAAACUAGGUUAACCGAUCUGAUCAAUAGCAUACGUGAAUUAGUGCCAGCGUACACCCGAGACACGUGUACCACGGUUACCUGGAAAAAUACCGUAAGCGAUAAAAUAAAACAGGUUGAAAAGUAUUAAUAUAAAGUAUUAAAUACAGGUGAAUUAUUGAAGAAAGAUAGAGCAAAUUCAAGACAAAAUAGGGUUAACUGCGAAAUUCGGAAGUAAGGUUAACCGGAUCAUAUAAAAAUCUAAGGAACGAGGAGAUAAAUUAAACGAAUAUUUUAUCAAAGUCAUAAUAAAUUGUUAAAACUUCGGAAGUGGUUCUUCUCAUUCGUUGACUACAGCGUCAACAUAUUAAAAUAUUCGUUUAGUAGAACAUUAUGCGAACGUACAAAUAUGCCACGAAGUGAAGUCGUUAUCCGGGUCAACGAUCAAGACAGCGACAAAGCCGAAAACAACUGUCAAUCAUGCGACGGGCCGGAUGACUCAAGAAUGGUUCAAUGUGAUAAAUGUGACAGCUGGUACCAUUACAAUUGCGCAGAAGUCGGAGAUGAUAUCAUGGACAAGGAUUUUAUUUGCGGUAACUGCCCUACCAGAAAAAAAUCGCCUACCUAAAGCUACUGCUAACCCAGCGGUAGUCACUCCAGUAUGUGCUGCAAGCCACAGCCAGACAUCAAAGGGCAUUGUUUCACAGUCACUAGGAAAUGUCAUAUUAUCUACUUCUAUUUCAAAUACACCGUUUUUAGACAUCUUUCCACCGUAUACUGUGAACUCAUUGAUAACUCGUGAUGCCACUGUACCACCCGUACGCGUGACUAAUCCAAGUCAAGGAAUGGUACCACCCAGUGCUCUUAUGCAGCCGAUAUCCACAGUAACCUUCCCAGCAACUUCCAGUUUUAUGAAUCCUACGGAUGCACGUCCCACUCAGUUGGCAACAAGUCUACAGGUAAAUACACAGCAGAAUCUUGUGGAAAACGCGAAACACUGUUUAAAGGGUGCAAGCUCGAAGGCAUCAACUAAACAAUGGCAGUUGAAACUAGAGUUACAAUUGUUGGAACAUGAAAAAGCACUGGAAGAAGAAGAAGAAAGGAAGAAACGUGAAUACUUACGCAAACGUCACGAUCUACUGCGAGAGCUGAUCGAUGAAGAUAAUUCAGUAACAAGCGUAGAGGAGGAUGAUACCAAUAUCAGAGUUUCAGAAUGGCUCCAAAGUGUCACACACGGAAAUGAAACCCGAAUUCAGUCAGAAGAUACACGACGUUCGAAGGUAAAUGACACUGAAAACUGCCGUGCGACACCCGCAUCACACCUAAGGCAGCUAAACACGACGUGGCCAGCUAGAACGACGGUGCCUUUCCGUAUGACAGAAAAUUCUCAGUUACCCAGGAGAGGUACACAAUUUGUAAAUACAGACGCAUUCGAUCCUGUACGACGCUCUACACCGAGACGAACCGAGUUAUAUGACGACGAUGAAGGCAACAACCUAACGCGCAGCCAAGUUGCAGCUCGGCAAGCAGUAUCACGAGAGCUCCCGAACUUUAGCGGAAUUCCCGAGGAGUGGCCGCUCUUUUUUUCUACAUUCACAACUACAACUUAUAUGUGCGGGUACACUCCAGAAGAGAAUUUGAUACGUCUGCAAAAAUGCUUGAAAGGCAAGGCAUAUGAGGCAGUGAAGUGUAGACUUAUGCACCCAUCUAAUGUACCCGGUAUCAUUGCACACUGGGCCAGAAAUGGAAUCUAGCGGAACGAAAUUAAUAGCGCUCUCAGGGUUUAACCAAUCGGUUUUCAGUCUUCUACAAAGUUUCUUGGUAUAGUUAGGGCUUCAUUUUGGAUGUUUGAAUUAGUUCGGAAUUUAGCC